AUGGACUCUGAGCCAGAGAUUUACAAUUCUUGCAUGAAUACUGCCGCUGGCGGUUUGGUGCAGGCUGCGGAGUUACUGCGAAAGAAGGUUUUGCAGCCGCAAGAUUUGCAAUCUUGGAACGACACAGUACUACCUGUAAUGUGUCUAUUUGCAUUUAAGAAGUCAGCUGGCAUCGAAAUCCGGGCUGCCGGAACUUAUAAUCGAAUGAACACACCACAAAUUCCCGGAAUAGAUCACUUUAUAGGCGAUGUGCGGGAUGCCUCAGAAUGGCCAGCAAAGUAUGACUUCAUCGACAAGUCUAUGGUAUAUGGUAUAUGGUACUGCCAUACAUCCAAGCGCAAGCCAUGUCGGUCAGUGCAUUCUAUCAAAGCAUGA